GUAACAGUCGACACCAUUUUGAAAGAAAUCAGGGAAAGACAAAUAGAUUAUUAUGGUGGAAGAUCAAGUCUUCAUAAAUUGUUAAAGAAGAUGGGAUUUUCAUGGACAACUGUUGAUGGACGAAAAGCUUUGAUAGAGAAUGAAAACAUAGUAUUGCAGCGAAUAGAUUUCUUGAGAAAGUAUAAAGAAGAAAAAGAAAGAGGAACUGUAUCAAAGUCAUGGCAGGACAAGAGUCUACAAUCUGCGAAGAGACGUACUGUUGGAGAUGGUAAAAGGUUUAUUGUUGUUAAUGCUGGAGGGCGCACUGGCUUUGUGCCAGGAGCAGGAUUACUUUUUGUUUCAGGUCAGAAGACUGCAGACUACCAUGGCGAGAUGAAUGGGGAAACUUUCUUGAUGUGGUUUGAAGACAUGUUGGUGCAUCUUGAGGAACCCAGUGUCAUCAUAAUGGACAAUGCUUCAUAUCACAGCACCCAGGUUGAGAAAACACCUACAACGAACUGGACCAAGGAUGCACUGAUCGCGUGGCUGGAGAAGAAUGAGAUAAAACAUGAAAAUAAUUUGUUGAAAGUGGAGCUGCUGAGAAUAGCUAAACAAAACAAGCCCCGAAUACGAUGGGCGAGGUGUGUGGAUCACGUGGAGAAGCUAAUUCAAGCAGACUGGGAGAGAGAAGUCCACAUAGACAGCGGCACCAUUCCUCCACUCAUCAUCCACCUCGGCAAGGAUAGUUCAAGUGAAGACAGUGACAGCGAAGAAUUUGAGGUUACGACACAGCAAGUAGAUGGAGACAGUGAAGUACUGGCAGUUCCUCUUGAUGAUUUACCCGGGUGUUCUUAUUGAGGUCUGUAUGUAAUAAACACCUGGGCAACUGUAAGUAUUGGGGUUUGAAACAUUUUUUUUUCUUUUAUGCAUUCCCAUUAAGUAUGUUGAUUACUGGAACUUUAUGUAUUAACUUUAUAUUACACAUAUUAUGAUAAAUUUAUAAUAAAUUUCAUUUCUGGAUUCGUAUAGGUGUAUGUGAAACAUUUUAUUUUGUUGUGUGUCUUCAUUUUUCAGUGAACUUACUUGGAAAACAAAAAGCCAGUCCCCAUCCAGGGCCACAAAUAAAUAAUGCAUAUAAGUGGUAUAGAAAUUACUGUCAAUUCUUUACCACAAUUUUACUGUUCAUAAAAUUAUGAUUUUGUCUAAUAAGUAUACUCAGGAAAAUGUAUAUAACCAUAUUUUUAUUUGUGGCCUUAACCGGCAAAAUGGUAGGGGUUUAUUAAAUAAAAGAAGAAAAUUCAUUUUUAAAUGUUUUCAUCUGAAUUUGUUAAUUUUAUUAAACCUUCAAUCCUUAGUCUUUUCCAGAUUGCUUAGAUGGACAGCCAUAUGUAUAAUUUACAAUACUUUUUUUUUCAGAUGCAGAAAACUGUGUUGAACUGUACUAAAGGAUGAUAUUUAUUGCUUACAUAAAUGUUGUAAAUUUAUAUGUUCUCCUAAAAAUUUACUUUAAAUUAUAUGUUAUUUCUUUAGCUAACAAACUUAUUUUUUAAUAUUUUUACCAUUGGGUAUCAUAAAUGUUAUGAACAUAUACAUGUAU